AUGCAGUCAUCUGAUACGCUGCUCGUAUUUCUGAGGCAAAAACUGACUGAACAGACAAGCUCCACUUUUCGACUGUUUCAAGCAGUUGAUAUGGAUGGAGACGGGUAUGUUUCCGUGCACGAUUUCAUUCAGUACUGUGACCGGUUUUCUCUGCCUCGCGGGGUUGUCACCGAGGAGCAGGUGAGUAGCUGGUUCAGUAGAUAUGUAGAUUGCAACGAGUCGGGUUGUAUUGUUAAUAGCAGGCGAAGAAACAUGAUGGAUUAUAACCUUUUCAAGCACUUCUUAGAGGAUGGCAUAGAAUCAGUUGUUGUCUCUCAGGAGGAUAAAACAGCAGUUACAGUCGACACAGUUAGGCGCGCACUGGUCCGGUAUAUGCAUAGCUUGGGGUGCUCGGUCUAUAAGUUCUACAAGGUGUGUACCCAUGGAGCAGAAUUCCUUUAUGAGCAUCAUCUACGUAAUAUUCUAAGUACACGGUGCGGUAUCAUGCUUUCAAACUCUGCCUGGAGUAACCUCUGGAAACAACUCAAGAGUGAUCCUCGGAUCCAGCAUAUGUCCAUUCACGAGUUUAACAUCUUGCUUCAGCAUCAGCCCGAGUUACCCUUAGAAUCUUCUAAUACCCCAGUGGCAGCAGAAGAGACUAUCACAUUUGAUGAGUCUGCUUCGGACAUGAAGAUCAAAUUUAGAGAAGAAGGUGUACACGAUGGGACCGAGCACAGAUUGGCAUACAAUACAGAGCUCGAUGGAAAUGUGUCGUUAGUCAUGCUGUAUCUUGCUGAGAGAUUUACAGCCAUUUCUUCGCCGCGUGCUCUUUUUGGAAGAAUAGAUAGACGAAGAUACAACUAUCUGACUAUAGCAGAUUUUGUUUCAGCGGUGAGGGACCUUACCGAUAUAGAGGUAAGCGAAGAGCUGACAAGAGAUAUUUUCAGGGUGGUGUCUGAACGUGCCAACGACGGUUCAACUCAUCAGCUAAUGUCUUAUCAAGGGUUCCUGAAGCUCUUGUCUUGUCAGGAAUAUCUAGUUCCUCUUCAACUUCCUAAUCGUCCCUGCAGCACCGCGGCAAUGUAUUGUAAGCGGCCCUUGAUACCUGUUGUUGAGUGUGCUUUAAAGCCUCCGCAGCAUGGCAGGAGAGCAACCAUAAGUGUGCCUACAGGAGAAGUGGAUAUGAAGGCAUCAUUCACUGGAGCAUACAGUCCAAAUUAUAUGAACGUACCACACAAUUCAUCGCAUCAAGCUUUCUCUGCGGACAAGCCGCUACCAAAACAGUGCGUGAGGCCCGCUUCCACUAGCUCUGUAGCCAAAUCCAGCUGUUCCCUAUCGUGUCUUCAGACAGGUGACGACCAGAGGUACACAACUACUGCUCUCAACUCACUGCCACUCUCAAGUUUUAGCGAAAAACAGUGUAACAAGGACAAUGGGUUCAUUACGACUGAGGCACAAAUGGAGAUACAAGCCCAACACACAGAGUGUAGUGUAUUUGUCCAGGAUGUGAUAAAGAAGUUACGCGCCCGCGGGGAGUCCAUGAGGGUUCUUCUUUCUGAGGCUUUCCAUAACAGGAAAAUUGUAAGCUCAAAAGAGCUACUGUGGUUCUUCAGAAGUAGACUGGGAAUAGCUGUUUCUCCUCUGAUCAUCCUUCAAACAUUCAAGCUGGGGGGAAAUGACACCAUACAAAUAGAAUCUGUUCUCAAUGUGUUUAAGUUGCGGCCAGGAAGCACGGCUCAGCCACAAUCCAGGCCCCGAGCACGUGGAUCAUGCGCUCGAGCUUGA